CAGCUCCCUUUCGAAGGGCUUUCACGAGUAAGUGGGGAGGGGGGGUAGAAUACUAGGUAAAAUCAUUGGACGUUUCUUACCCUCCUCCCAUUGAAAUAAAUUUGGCCGAAAAGAUUCAAAAUGGAGGACGGAGGAUAGAAAGACGGAGAUCUUUUGAGGUGUAUAAUAAUAUAUGUAGCAAUCGUAUUCUCCCGCGUUGAAGAUUUAUCGUUGAAACAUCGAUAUCAAGAUUCAGUUAAGAAAGAUGCAUUGCGCGCGAAAUUUGGUAACGAUAGCCAGGAGAGUUUGUGAUGACCAUGUUGUACUCAAGUGUUACUCUCCUCUUGGUUGGAUGUGCUUGUCUAGAAGGCAAAUUUGCUCCACUGAAAGUUUACGUCGUAAAUCCGAGGAGGAGCUGAAAGAAGAAAACAGUUACGACGAAAGGCUUGCUAAAAUAAGAGCUGAAGAUGCAGCAAGCACUAAACUCGUUCAUCUGAAGGUCAAUCCUAAGGUCAAAAUUUCGGAAACGGUUGUCUCCAAACACGUCCAUGCGUUUGAAAGGGCUGCCUCUUUUGGGAGAACAAAAGAGAACUUUCAUGGAGUGAUUGACAGUUUUCUUGCCAAAGACAAAACUAGGAGAGGGCAUAUGGAGUUUCUUAAGGCAGCCAUGCACUAUAUGGAGGAAUUUGGUCUUGUAAAAGAUGUUGAAACAUACAACAGAAUGUUGGAUGUGUUUCCCAGGGGACGCUUUGAGAACAGAACUCUGUUUGAUGCCAUCUGGGCAAAACAACACCCUCAAGCCAUACUUGCUUUGGACAUCUUGACCAUGAUGGAAGAUAAUUGGCUCUUGCCUACUGAGGAAACCUAUGACAUUUUGUAUGAAAUUUUUGGCCAUGCCAGUCAACCUUUGCAGAAGUGUAAACGACUGGUUUUUUGGUAUCACAAGCUGGAGGAGAUGUUUCCUAAUCCUUACCCAAAGGUUUUGCCUGAAAGUGAUACAGAACUGAGUAAGCUUGCUCUUGCUAGAAUGACGAGAGAUGAACAGAUUAUAACUAUCUACAAGGAUAAUUCUGAAGAUGGAAUACAAGAGUUUUUAGUUGGUGCUCAGACAGAGGGCCAGAAGAAAAUUUUGGAAAAUUACGACUCAGACAAACCAUUAUAUGUCGAGGGACCUUCCUUUAUCUGGGUCCGUCGACUUCAAAGACAUUUCUUCACCCUUAGAACUGAUGCUGAACUUGAUGAGGAGAAUGGAGAAGGAAACGUUCUUGCUAUCUGCAUGAGUCAUGCAAAUGCCAGUGAAGAGUUACUGAGAUCAUGGAUAACACAUCUUCAGACUGAAAACCCACAGUUAGCAAACAUCAGCAUCAUCUUUAAUCUCAGUCAAACUCAACAAUAAGUUUUUGAAGAAAAGAUUAGUUGGUUUGUGAAAGAAGUUGUAGACCUUAUUUGGAAGUAGUGAUUAAAUUGCUAUGGGAAAGCAAAUUCUAUCCAUGUAUUGUUUAUAGGCACAAAAAGAUUAAUGUUAACUAAGAGGAAAUAAACAUGUUUUAGGAUAAUUUA